AUGUUUUGUUUACCAAUGGAUAUGGUGCUACUUCACAGGACCUGGUUCUCAGUUAAAGAAAUAUCUAAAGAUGCCUUGCAUGGUUAUGAUAGUGUAUUCUUUAUUUUCCAAUUGGGUUUAUAUUCUUUCUUAGUUUUAGUUUAG